UUUAGGCUGUGACUGUGCUUCUUCAAAGUCUAUUUAUCGCUCAAGAGUGUUUUUCACGUUCACUCCCUCUAUCAUAUUUCGGAUCACCGCAUGACCUUUUCUCAAACUUCCAAAACUACUCGUUUCUCAUCUCUCUCUCUCUUUCUCUUUCUCGCCUCUCUGCCUCUCUAUCAGCAAAGAUUUCAACUUGCAUCAACAACCACCACUAAAAGCUUUCAAGAAAUACAAACCCAGCUUCUCUUUUGUCGCUUGUUGGUCUUCUUUGUCUAAUCUUGUAGACAAAAAGAUAAUUGUCACCCUUUUUCUUUCUCACUUUUGACACACAGCAGCACAAGUCUUCUCAUUUCAAGACAUAUACUCUGUUCCCAUUUUUCCUUUACUAUGGUUUCUCUUGUUUAAUCUUCUUUCUCUAGUUGCACAUAACAAUCUCUUUUUGAUUUAAUGUCUUUGGGUGUUGGAGCUGUGCACAGUUCGAGUACUAAUUAACAUGGGGCUUGAUGGAAACAAAAAUGAGGAUGCUGAGGAGAAGACUCCAGGUUUGGAAACAGAAAAAUCCCAUCAUGAGGAUGGUGAAAGCUCAGCAGACAAAUAUGGGAGGCAGAUAAGUGGGACUUCCAUGGAUGCUACUGAUCAGGAGGAGGAGGAGGAUGAAGAUGGCAACAAGAUUCAGCUUGGUCCUCAAUGUACCCUCAAAGAACAUCUUGAGAAGGACAAAGAUGAUGAGAGCCUCAGAAAAUGGAAGGAACAGCUUCUUGGGACUGUGGAUUUUGAAAAUAUUGGAGAAACUCUUGAACCAGAAGUGAAAAUUCUUAGUCUGUCAAUUAUCUCCCCAGACAGACCAGACAUUGUGCUAUCUGUCCCUGAGGAUGGAAAACCAAAAGGUUCAUGGUUUACACUGAAAGAAGGUAGUCAUUACAACUUGAUGUUCUCCUUCCAAGUUAGCAACAACAUUGUAUCUGGCCUCAAAUACACCAACACUGUCUGGAAAACUGGUGUCAAGGUGGACAGCUCAAAAGAGAUGCUUGGGACUUUCAGUCCUCAGCCAGAGCCUUACACUCAUCUGAUGCCUGAAGAGACCACCCCAUCAGGCUUGUUUGCCAGAGGAUCAUAUACUGCAAGAUCAAAGUUUCUUGAUGAUGAUGACAAGUGCUACUUGGAGAUCAACUACACCUUUGACAUUCGAAAAGAAUGGGCUGCUACUUGAAGAAGAACUCUGCAGCAAGCACAUAUGUUUCUCUUUCUUGGGUUAUUGUCUUGUCUGUCUUUUUUAGUUUCAACAUAUCCCUUUUAGACUAUGCAUAAUUAUUAUUUCCACAGUUAAUUUUAACCCCUACAAUGGAAAUGGAGAAAAUUCAAAUUAAUGCUUUUAAUAAAUGGAAAGCUAAGCUUAGCCUAUCUUUUUAAGUACCUUUUCUCUUUUAACUCUCAGCAUGUUCAAAUCCUGAGCAGUAGUGAAGUCACCUGGAUUGUUCAUGAGCUGGUGGGCUCCAUUUAUUUAGUAGGUAGCAAAUCAAAUAAUAUAGGAAGACUUUUUAAAGAUAUUAGAAACAAGAGUAGGUAGUGGGUUUGAUUUUGUUUAAUUAUAUAUUCUUUUGAUGCUGUUGUAUGCUGAAAAGUUAGCUCAUACUUACUUUUAACCAACCUAAUAAUCUUAAUCUCUUCUGUUGUUUUCUC